CACGAGUCACAUAAAGUCUAUCCCUCCAUUGAGACUUGUGUUUAUAGUGAGUGAACGCAGAGAGACCGGCAGCAGCAAUUCCUACAAAGAUGCAGUACUUGACUUCGAUCUUGAUAUUGGCGGGAUGCUUCGCUUUUAUUCAAGCUCACUCGUAUCAUAUGGGCGCCUGUCCCAUUGUGGAACCUAUGCAAGGUUUUCAGAUGAAUAGAUUCUUAGGUCUGUGGUAUGUCAUCCAAAAAACGUCGACAGGUAGCAAGUGUAUCACUUACAACUACACGCGAGGAGAAGAGCCAGGCGAAUAUGUAAUAACCCAAGACUCUGAUCAUCUAAUCCUAGGUCUUACACCAUUAAAGCAUGAAUAUCACUAUACUGGUGAGCUGACUGUACCGGAACCCAGUACUGCAGGACGCAUGGAAGUCCGUUUUCCUCUUAGUGUAGCCGGAAGUGCGUCCCAUGUGGUAUUUAUGACCGACUACGAUACUUAUGCUGGCAUAUUCACAUGCCAGAAACUGGCAUUCGCUCAUCGACAGAGCGCUACGAUCCUCUCGAGGACUCGGACGUUGGAUCAAUCGCAGGUAGACAAGAUACGUCAAAGACUGAGCCAUUUUGGCGUCGAUCCGUUUGAUCUGAGCAUCAUUUCGCAAUCUGGUUGUCCGCACGGGAACAAUACUGUGGAUAUUAAUAUCGAUCCCAACACUUUCACUUCUGAAAAUUUGGGCAAUGUAGUGCGCAAAGCAGGAGAGAAGAUUGGCGAUGGUGUUCAGUGGGUUGCCCAAACUGGAAGCCAGGUUUAUCACAAGCUGACUGGAACGGAAGAGGAUCGCGCAAGUUCGACAGAGCAGAAUGGUCGCGUGACUAACAGUAGAAAUGAUGGAAGAAUAUUGGAGAACAACGACGUAGAAUGGAUUCCCUAAAAAUUAUACAAUCUGUUAUCUUUUAUUGCGUUAUUGCGUUAAUUGCGAUCUCCACGCGACUAAACAUCCAUAGUACUCAUUGUAUAGAUCUAUCGAUAUUUUUCUUCUGAUUUAUUUGUUUGUGUGAUUUUAUUUAGAAAUACGUGACAAAUAGGAAUAAAAUGCGAUAAAAAGAUAUUCAUACGACACUAUUUGGCUCGAUUAAUACAUGAUUGCAUCAUGAAUAUACAUGUUUUAAAUAAUAUGUACGAAAGAAGAAAUUCUGAUAUCAAUAAAACUGAAUAAAGCAUAAUGUAUAUAUUUA